UCAAAUAUCAAAUGUUAUUCAAUACUUUGUUUUUGUCUUUUAAGGGUUUUUAUAGAAGAGGUUAACUCAUUUUUUGAUUUGCUUUGAAAUGCUGCGAGUUACUUUCAUAGGAUUGUUUUUCUAUAUUUCAGGUUUUUUGUCUCCUGUGAACGGCAGUAGAGUUAAACGCAAUCCAUGUGAUGAAAAGCCAAAUGGAAAUUAUUUAAUACACGACGUUUUUAAAUACCUGGUUUGUAAAGAUAGGGCAUCAAGUUACAUGAAAUGUCAAGAUAACUUUGUAUUUUCACCUGAUGAAAAACAUUGCGUUAAUAUAUCUACUCAAUCUCAAAAGAGUUUUUGUAAGUCUCGACCAAAUGGCAAUUACAAUGACCCUUGGAACUGUCAUAAGUUUAUUGUAUGCUCUCAUGGUUCAAGUUAUCCGUAUGAAUGUCAAAAACUGGUUUUUAAUCCAUAUAUUGAUCAAUGUGUUUAUGAAAAUGAUUAUCCCUGUUAUCAAAUAUUAGCUGUUAAGCAAGAUCCUUGUAAUGGAAAAAGAGAUGGAAAUUAUCCUAUUCAAGAUGUUUUUAAAUACAUAUUUUGCAAAGAUGGUGUGUCAUAUAGCAAAACAUGCCAAGAUAACUUUGUAUAUUGGCCUGGCGCAAAUCAAUGUGUUAAUAUAUCAAGUCAAUCUAAAAGUAAUUUUUGUAAAUCUCGACCAGAUGGUGAUUAUAAUGAUCCUUGGAAUUGUCAUAAAUUUUUCAAAUGUUUUCAAGAAUAUAGUUAUCAGUUUGAUUGUCAAAACCUGGUUUUUAAUCCAUAUACUGACCAAUGUGUUUAUAAAAAAGAUUAUGUUUGCCGUCAAGUAUCAGGUUUACAGGAUAAAAAAGAAAUCGUCGAAGAGCAAGAUGACAAUGAUGAUGUUAACGAUGAGCAAGGCUUUGAUGAAGAAGAAGUUAUUAGAAGUGAUAUUGAAAAAGAAAUUUUGGAUGAUCUUGAGGAUAUUGAUGUAGAAUUAGAUGAUAGCUUUCAAGAUGAUGAUGUUGAAAACGAAAUUAUUGAAGAUCACAUGGACGACGAUAAUACACGAGAUGACGAUAAUACACAAGAUUACUUAUAAAGUUUAAAAAAAUUUCAUUUUAGCA